AGUCAUCAUAACGAUAACACGCGCAACGCACCCCCGCGUUUUAAACGCGGCUUUACAAGCCCUCCCACCUCCCCGGUCUGCGUAUUAUUAUCUAUAACGUAUACGCAAUCAAGAUCGUUCGCGAGUGUGGAUGGUGCUUCCUGCGUCCCAUUGUCGUCUUCGUCCCACCAUAAUUAACAACCUGAUAAUUAAAAGAAAAUUAAUAAAAAGAAAAAAAGCUCAAAAAAAUAUCAAAAUGAACCGACAAAUUAAAACAAGUUAAUUAAUUUUAAAAAAGUGAAAAAUGUGUGUGAUGGUGUUAUUUGGGUGCUCGUGGCAUUUACAUAAUUUAAUAUUUAUUAAUAAUAAUCAAAAAUAAUAAAUAAAUUUAAAAAACUGUGUUUGUGAUAAAAUUUUUUUUUUAAUUUACAAAAAAAUUUAAUUAAAAAAUCAGUGGAAAAAAAAAAAAAUAUAUUAAACAACAUAACGUUUAUUUUUUUAUUUUUUUUUCUUAUAAUUUUAUUAUUAUUUAAUUUUUAUUUAUUUAUUAUUAAUUUAUUAAUUAUUUUUAAUUUAAUUUUUUAUUAAUUUAUUUAUUUUUUUUUUUAAUUUUAUUGUGUUGCUCGUCUUUUAGUUCAUUGAAAGUGACAACAGUAAUAAUAGUGGGAGUUAAAUAAAUAAAUUUAAAAUAAAAAAAAAAAUAAAAUAAAAAAUUGCGUGGAGGUGACGGAGACGAUAUUGAGGGUACGCGGGAAAGUCUCGAGAGUCGACAUUUAGCGCUCAUAAGUUAUGGCCAAGAAUACUGUUAUUGGAUUGGCUUGGAUGGGCCUGACCUUCCUCGUCCUUGCUCCAAAUUUUGUUUUAUCGAGAACAACAGAUGCAAAUUAUUAUGGAACAUUUAUUGGAAAACUUAAAGAUUAUGCUCAUGGUAUACGUGGAAAAGUAUAUGCAAUUGAUGAUACAAUAAUAUUCAUCAAAGGUUUUUCAUAUGAUGGAACAGCACCAGAUGCAUUUUUUUGGAUUAAUAAUAGUACAAUACCAGGACCCGGGGGUGAAAUUGUACCGUAUCCAGAAGGAAGAGAGCCACUAGUAUUGACGGCCUACAACAACACAGACGUGAUUUUACGAUUACCAGGAGGUAAAAAAAUUCGAGAUAUCAAAUGGCUAAGUGUCUGGUGUCGACGUUUUACUGUAAAUUUUGGAGAUGUUGCAAUACCAUCAAAUUUAGAAAUACCAAGAUUAAAAAUGUUACCAGAAUUUUCAAGACUUGCACAUGGAUUGCGAAGUGGUAAUAUAAGUAUACUAGAUAGUAAAACAAUUUACAUACCAAAUCUUCAUUAUGAUGGAGCUGGUCCAGAUGCAUAUUUUUGGGUUGGUACUGGAAGUGAGCCAAACAUCAUGGGUACAAAAGUACCAAAUGAAAUGGGAAGUUCAUCAAAAUUACGUGGAUAUCAGGGUGAAGAUAUUGAAAUUGUUUUGCCAGGAUCAAUGACUAUUUUUGAUAUUGAUUGGCUAUCAGUUUGGUGUGUUCAAUAUAAACAUAAUUUUGGACAUGUUAUGAUACCAAAAGAUCUUGAUGUACCACCAGCAUUGGGUCAAACAAAAAUAACUCCGCCUUGGUGGUACAUACCAACUGAUCCACCAGUGUCAAAUGGAAUGCCAGGAGGUCAAGAAUUGACAAAUUGCAAAGACAUGCUUGAAGGUCGUGUUCAAGUACAAUGGGAAUUAAUGGGUGAAGAUGUACAAAUACGUUUAUCUGGUAGAAUAAAUGAAGAUCAAUAUGUUGCAUUUGGUCUAUCUGGUCGUGAGGGAAAAGCUGAAAUGGUUGGUGGUGAUGUUGUUGUCAUUGGUUAUGAUAAAAAAAAAAAAAAAUUCAUUGCUGAAGAUUAUUAUAUGUCUGAUAUUGCACAAUGUGAUGGUACAAGAGGUGUUUGUCCUGAUGAACGUGUUGGUGGUAAAAAUGAUGCAAUAUUACUUGAUGGUGAAAGAAAAAAUGGCAUUACAACUGUAACAUAUGUACGACCAAUGCGUACAAAUGAACCAGUUAAAGAUCGUAUGAUACCAGAAAGUGAAACAAGUGUAAUUGCUGCAAUUGGAAUUUUAAAUGAUCGUGGUGAAGCAAAUGCUCAUUGGGCAGGUGAUAAAACAGUCGAAGAUAUACGUAUUGAUUUUACAUCAAAAAAUAUUCAUGAAUGUACAAAUUCAUUGUAUAAUUUACCUGAUGAAUCUGAUGAUGAUGAUAAUCUAAAACCAUGGCCACCAGCAGUAAUAACAGGUGUUAGUAAUUUUACAGCAAGAAUUGGACCAACUGGUGGUAAACGUGGUUAUUUAAGUAUAACUGGACAACCAUCAUGGGGAAUAGCAUGGUUUAUAAAUGAACUUUUGAUACCAGAAAUAACAGUUGAAAGAGGUAAAACAUAUGUAUUUAUUGUUGAGGGUGGUAAUGAUCCAACAAAACCAGCAAGAUAUCAUCCAUUUUAUAUAACAUCAAGUCCUCAAGGUGGAUUUGGACAAAAAACUGAAUCACAAAGAUCAAAUGAAAAAGUAUUUGCUGGUGUUAAUUAUGAUUCAGAUGGUUAUCCAACACCUACUGCUGUUGGUAGAUAUUGUGAAUGGGCACAUAUGACUGUUGAUAUGAGUUCUGAAUCACCAACAUUUGCUAAUUUUUUUGAAACACUUAGACUUGAUUGUGAUCAAGGUGAACCUGGUGAACUUGUAUGGACAGUUACUGAUGAUACACCAGAUCUUGUUUAUUAUCAAUGCUAUACACAUCAAAAUCUUGGCUGGAAAAUUCAUGUUAAAAAUCUUGGUGAAACAUCAUCUAGCAAUUGUUUAUCAACAUUAAAUGGAUUAAAAAUAUUUACAAUAAUAAUUAUUGCAAUUUUAUCUACAAGAUGAAUCAACAUCUAUAAAAAUAUGACAAUAAAAAUUUAAUAAUAAAAUACAAACAAAAUAAAACAAACGUAACAAUAUCAAUAUUUAAAAAUAAUAUUGGCUAAUAAAUUUUUAGGUAAUCAUUAAAGUAUGAAAGUUAAAUGAGACAUCGCUUAUAUGAAAAUAUCUUUGAUACACGUAUACUGAUAAUUAAAUUUAGAAAUAAAAAAAAAAAAAACACAAAAAA